GUUUUUAACGAUGCGGACAUCCGUAUCCCGAUCUUUGCUGCUGGCGAUUGCCUCGCUUUCCGGGGGUUAUUCUGCACAUGUUUCGCGGCGAGGAAGUUCCUCUGCGUCACCCUUUACUAGUUAUUCGCCCGCAUUCGAUACCAUUCUUGGUACGGGCCCUAAAUUGUCGGUGGUCUUCAACCAGAGCGAACGACUGUUCUACGAAGGAGGCAUAUAUCACCCUCCCACGGAUUCUCUUUUCACGGUCAGUGAUCGCAUCAGCAUAUCUCCGGGCCGCAAUGAUUCCGCACAGGUGCUGGUUCGAGUCGCCAACGUCCACACUUGGCCAUCCUAUGAGAUUCUCAAUCUGACAUCGAUAUCCAACCCAAUAUCAGGCGUUCGCUACCAAGGCCAAGGCGCGAAUGGGACCGACGAUCUGAUGGCUUUCGUCGCCUGGGGCAAUUCCAAGAAUGAUCCUCCCGGUGGCUUGUAUUCAAUUAGCCCUUAUCCACCAUACGAGGUUAAGCCCCUUACCACAGCCUUGGGAGUGUACCAUUACAACGCGCCUGACGAUGUCACUGUUCUACCUGAUGGAACCAUGUAUUUCACUGAUCCGACAUACGGGUACCAAGAAGGCUUGCGGCCCGACCCUCUGCUCCCCAACCAGGUCUAUCGUUAUGACGCGGCCACCAAUACCACGCGAGUAGCUGUUGAUGGCUUGGUGAGGCCCAAUGGGAUCGCGCACUCACCGGACGGGAUAGUGCUGUACAUUGGCGAUACAGGCGCACGUACUGGCGAUGGAUCGCUCGAUUAUCAGGGACCAAGAACAACGUACGGCUUCGACGUUAAGAACGUGUCUUCUGGAGCUGGUGGCUCUGCAGGGCCGUUCGUCACGAAUAGGAGAGUCUUCGCGAUGCCAUAUGACCUCGGGGCGAAUGAUGGCUUGAAGACUGACCUUGCGGGUAAUGUGUGGGGUUUGAGUGCUACCGGAGUCUUUGUUUGGAAUGCUAGCGGCGACUUACUGGGACACAUUUCUGUACCGACCGAGGAUGGUGGCAAUAUUGGGUUUGGACGACCAGGAGAGCUGUUCAUCAAUGGCGGGAAUGUGCUCUAUAGGGUGACCAUGGAUGACAGCGUCAUUGGGACGGGAGUCUGGUUUGCAUCUGAUGCCGGAGCGCCAUCACAGGUUUCUGGGUGAGCAAGUGGGGAGGAGCAGUUGAGAUGCGAGGCGUUUUGCGGACGAGGCAGCCUCACUAGCCUCCGUUAUGCCUCUAAUUUGUACCCAUAAGCCAC